AUGCGGGCGCUGAGCGGCAGCAGACAACGAAAGUCCGUGCGGCGCGAUGCGCUGCUGCAUCAGUGUUGGGUUAACCCCUGCUUGCCGCUAGACAAGGAGCAGCAGCGGCAGCAGGAUAUGGAGGUGGAGGAGCAGCAAGAUGCUGCUGCAGAAGAGUGUAGGCUGCUGCUGCUGCAGCAGCGCGUCGCGGAGACGCACGUCGAAAUCCCAGCGGGCGACGGUGCUCUGUUGCCACGGCAAGAGGAUGCCAAUACAGAAGCAGCAGCAGCAGCAGCAGCAGCAACAGCAGCAGAUGCUGCUGUUGCUGCUGAUGCCUCUCCAGAUGUUUCUGCUACUUGUCCAGACGAUUCAGAAGAGGGCGCUGCUGCGGUCAAGCGGGUGGAAACGGUGCUGCCGGAUGAAGAAGCAGCAGCAGCAACAGCAGCAGCAGAUGCAGCAGCAGAUGCAUCAGAGAUGCGUGCUGCUGCAUCACAAGAAGCAACGAGAGGGAGUGAUGCAGGCUUAAGCAGCAGCAGCAAUAGCAGCUGUUGCAGCAAUAGCAGCGGCAGCAGAGACGACAACAACAGCAACAGCAGCAGCAGCAGCAGCAGCAGCAGCAGCACGCCGGAACCAGCUGAUGCGGGGACCCCAUCACCAGCCUCAAAGGACUGCAGCAAGGCUGCCUCUGACUCACCCGUCUCAGCAGCAGCAGCAGCAGCAGCACAGGCAGAAGCAUCGAUGCAGCAACGCGUGCCUGUUCCCCUCGUCCGCAUCCUAACAACACAACCCUUCAGGGUUUUCGAUGCUUCAGUUUUCUGCCCCACAGCUACAGUGCCCAGCAGGGGUAGAGGCCGCAGGGGAGCAGCAGCAGCAGCCAGGCGUCUGCUGCAGCAGCAGCAGCACGAGGAGGAUAUGCUGCACGGCCCCCCUGUCCGUGGCUCCCGCGGUGCUCGUGGUCGGGGUAGGGGGGCAGCGGCAGCAGCAGCAGCAGCUGCAGCAGCAGCAGCAGCAGCUGCUGCUGCUGCUGAAGCUGAAGGAGGCGGGAUAGGAGGACGAGCUGCUGCUGCUGCAACAACUGAGCAGCAGCAGGAGGAAGCGUUUCGGUUUCUGCAGGAGGAGCAGCAGCAGAUGGCCGAGACUGUUGCUGAUUGGGUUACAGAUUUCAAUUGUCUUGACCAAGAGCUUGUAUAUGAGUACAUGUAUGCUGAUCGUCGUCUGCAGCAGCAGCAGCAGCAGCAGUUGCUGCUGCCAGCGCAACUCCGUGCUGCAGCAGGAGAUCUAUCAGGGCAGCAGCCGGAGCCAUGCUCCCUCCAGGCUGUGCAGCAGCAGCAGCGGCUGCUGCAGCAGCAAUCUAUCUGGCGGCGGGAGGGAUUUGAAUCUGUUGCAGCAGCUAAGAGAGCUACUGCUGCUGUACAGCGUCAGGCUGCAGUAUUUUUCGCCCAGGUCCCUGCUGCUGCUGUCGGCAGCAGCAGCGCAGCAGUUGUUACAGCAGCAGCUGCUUCCGCAGGCAAUGCUAUAUCUGCUGCUGGGGGGAAUAUGUUGUUGCUGCCUCAGCUGUGUACGAAGACAGGGCUGCAGCAGCAGGAGCAGCAGCAAGCUGCAGCAGGAGGGGCGGACAGUACAGCCACUUCUGCAGAAGGCGACAGCAGCAGCAGCAGCAGCAGCAGCAGCAGCAGCAGCAUGUGUUCAUUCCCGCCCCCGCUGCGUGACGUCGAUACACUGCGGUCGCUGCAGCAGAACGUCUCUGUGCAGCUCGAGCGCGUGGAGUCGUGGCUGCUGCGUGUGUCAGUGGCUCUGACAGACGGCUGCAGCAGGGCUGCUGUUAGUCCUGCUGUAGAGUUACCGGGCGCGCAGCGUACAGAGUCUGUGGCUCUGCUGCUGCAGCAGACAGUGGAGCUGCCGCUGCCCCCCGACCCAGUAGCAGCAGCAAAGGGGACCAUUUUGCCUGUCUCCAUGGGCAAUAGGCUGCACCUAGCAGAGGCUGAAGAGCUGCUGCAAGAGGGACUCGUGCUGCAGCAGAUUGUGGGGAUAUCGCAUGAGCUGCAGCAGCUGCAGCAGCGCGUCCGGCAGAGUAAACAUUUCGCCCAGCGUAUUUGUGCUGCAUUGAAUGGCAGCAGCGCCAGCAGCAGCAGCAGCCGCCGGGAGAAAGGAGAGGCUUCAGCAGCAAGCAACAGCAACGGCAGCAGCAAGGGGCGAAUCCCUAUACAGCUGCUACGCGGGCUGCUAGUAGAGGGCUUCCACGAGAUACCCUUCAUCGUUCCUGAGUUUAUUUUCCUGCUGCAGCAGCUGCAGCAGGUUGUCACUUGGCGGGAGCUGCUGCGAGCAGCAGCAGCAGCAGGGGACCUGCAGCAGUGUGAACAGAUCCUCGCCCAGGCCCAGGACGUAUGCGUCUACAUACCAGGCUGGAAUGACUGGAAAGGUCACGUUGCUGCUGCUGCUUGGGCUGAGCGGGUGGAUCGUUUGCUGCAGCGGCCGAUCCGGCUGGGGUUGGCUGUGGCUCUGCUGCAGGAGCCGUCAGCAGAGACAGCGGGGCCGUCAGCACGGGAGCUGCAGCGUCGUGUUGCUGCAGCACGAGACUGGGCUCGUCACUGCCUGCAGCCUCGAUAUUUGCAGUUGCUGGCAGCAGCAGGAGCAGAUGCUGCAGCAAUAAAGGAGCUGCAGUCUUUGGCUGAGGGGUCACCGGGGCAAGAGGAGACGCCAGAAAGCACAGAAGGGAAACAGCAGCAGCUCUCUCUCUUUCCUACUCCUGGGGACCUCGAGGCCCUCAUAGCCAAGCAUACGGCCCUCAAGCUCAUCGUGCCAGCCGUCAAGUACCUCGAGGCUGUGUACGGUCGGUGGCGCAAGUGGGAGAAGCGUUUUGUGAAGACAGAGGGGGGCAGCUUGUCUUUGGCUGAGGCUCGGCAGGUGCUGCAGGACGGCCAGGCGUUGCAGCAGCAGCUGGAGAUAGGAGCGUGGCUGCGUCCCCUCUCGGUGUAUGUGGAGCAGUGUGCUGCCUUCACGGAGAGAGCUCGUUCUCUGCUGGACAGAGCAGCAGCUGCUGCUGUUGCUGCUGCAGCUGUACGGGUUGGCUGGGCCGUGGGGUCCCUAGAUGGCUUUCGCCGCAAGGGUACCCUGCUGCCUGAGGACAUCACGCACGUCCUCGAGCUGCAGACACACCGCAAACAAGCGGAGCCGGCCGCUGCUGCUGCUGGUGCAGCAGCCACUGGGGAUGCAGCGCCAGAACGAUGCAGGGCGCCAUACGAGCAGCUUGUGGAGCUCAUCGCCAUCCACGAGGGACUGGUGAUAAAGAACUGGGGCCUUCACGGCGACCUCGUAGACCUGAGGGACAAGGCGCAGCGGUGGCUGAAGAGGGCCCAGGACCUUCUGGCCAUUCCGCAGCAGCCAACGCCGUCGCAGCAGCAGCAACCGCAGCAGCAACAACCACAGCAACAGCAGCAGCAGCAGCAGCAGCAGCAAGUCGGUGAUAAGGAGGGCUUGAGUGGCGAUUCAACCGAGACAGCAGAAAGCACCGCAGCAGCAGCAGCAGCAGCAGCAGCAGCAGGGAGCGUGGAGCCGCUGCAGAAGUCACUGCGAUCUUUGCUUCCUUGCAGCGCGAACACCGUCCGCCUUGCUGCAUUGCUGCUGCUGGAGAGUGAUUCUGUCUGCUGCUGCUCCGAGCUCGAGACGCGGCUAGAGCAGCUGCUGCUGUAUGCUCUCUGGCGCGGCAGAGUCGCCAGGCUGCGGCCCCCCGCCCAGGACACCGUCGUGGAGGAGCUGCUUGCUGCCCCUGUUCUGCAGCACUUCUCUGAAUGGAUAGACACGAGUACACCUGUCUCGGUUCUGAUGGCUCGCGAGGCUGCUGCCGUCAGCAAGCCUCCGCGGUCGAGGACCCGGGACCAGAGGGCGCAGGCAGCGAUACAGCUGGAGGCUGCUGCUGUUGCAGCCAACGAGAAACAGGCUGCUGCAGCUGAGGGUGCAUUGGCAGCAGCAGAAACAGCAAAAGCAAUGGAUGUUGACGAAGCACGCGCUGGUGAUUUGCCCCAUCAACGUGAAAAGUUAGAGCCACCCCAGCAGCAGCAACAGCAGCAGCAACAACAGGAACAGCAACAGCAGCAGCAGCAGCAGGAACAGCAACAGCAGCAGCAGCAGGUGCUGGACAGCAGCAAGCAGCAGCAGCAGUGGGCUCAGCUGACUGCUCUCCCAGAGCUAGAGUUCUUGAAGGCGCUUAGCGGCAUUGCAGCUGACUGGCAGCAGAAGGCCCAGCAGCUGCGCGAGGCAGUGCCUCGUCCGCGUGCGUCCGAGUGGCAGCAGCUGCUGCUGGAGGCUGAAGACCUGCCUGUACACCUGACUUCAGUUCGCCAAGACAUCGCGCAGGCGCUGCAGCAGCAGCAGGAGGUGGAGGCCGAGUUAGCUGCUGCGUUGGCCUCCCCUGAGACAGCAGCAUCCUUGACGCAACUGCGUGAGCUGCAGACCCGAGCCAGCAGCUGCAGCGUGUACAUCAGCUGCUUGGGAGAUACAGAGAAGCGGCUGCUGCAGCUGCAGCAGGUGGAAGCAGCAGCAGCCCUUCAUCUGCAAGCUGAGGACAAGCCUCGAGUUGAGCUGCAGCAGUUCGUUGAGGAGCAAGAGCGCCUGCUGCAGCUACCUGCGGAUACACCCGACUUGCCCUGGUUCACAAGCCUCAAGGACGCAUGCAGAGAUGUCUCUGCGUGGAUAGAGGAGACAGCUCAGCUGCAUGCGCGUGGGGUUUCCCUGCGUCAGUGGCAGCAGCACGUGGAGCGUGGUCAGGGCCUCAGGAUCAAGCCAGAGGGACUGCAGCAGCUGCAGCAGCAGCUGCAGCAAAGCGCAGACUGGUGUGUGGUGUAUCAACACCUGCUGGAGCUUCGCGCGGCGGUGCGGUGCCACAGUGCCAGUGCAGCUGCUGGUGUUAUAGCCGAGAUGCUGCAGGACAGCUCGGGCCCCCUGACGAUCCUGCCGCCUGGAGCAGCAGCAGCAGCAGCAGCAGCAGCUGCUGCUGCUGCAGCCACACCUGGUCUGCAGCAAGAACAGCAGGGGGCGCGCCAGUCCUACAGGGAGAGAGCAGCUUGUCUGUUUGGGAUCGCCGCGGGAGUCGAUCCCCAGCCAGAGUUCGCGUCCCCUAUAUCUGAGUCUCAGGUGUUGUUUCUGUACCGUCAGCAGCAGAAAGCAGCAGCAGAAACAGCAGGAGAUGCAGCCGCUGCAGCAGCACGAGCUGCUGCUGCUGCAGCUGUUGAUGGAGUUGGAGAUCAGCAGAUGCAGCAGCAACGCGAAGGGGAGCAGCAGCAGCAGCAGCAGCAGCAGCAGCGGCUGCAAGAGGUACAGAGGGAACAAGAGCAGCAGAUCCUCGCGCUGCAGCUACUCUCGCCUGAUGCAGCAAAUGCUCUUCUGUGGAAGACAACGAGACGGCUGAGACGGCUUGCUGCUGCAUGCGCUGCCAGCCGGAUUCACAUUAAAGAAAGGCGGCUGCUGAAGGUGGAGGUUCUGCUGCGACUGUACAACCACCGCAUGCUCUCUCUCCUCCGGUGCCCACGCCACACCCUCACUGAAGCCGAGCAGCUGCUGCAGCAAAUUGAGACGAGGAGGCUACAAGUCCGAGAGUCUGGUGGCGGCCUGAAGGUUCCUGCUGCGUCAGCUGAGGGCCCCGCUGCUGAUGAGGCAGCAGCAGCAGACGGUGAGGAGGAGGAGGAGACAUCUGACUCCGCUGCUGCAGUAGCACAGCAGCAACUGUUCGAGCUGCAGCUGCAGCUCCAGCAGCAGUUGCUGCCACCCCAGCCACAGCCCCAAGAAGAGCCCCCACCAAUGCGAAUCUCGCCUGUGAGAACUCGUAGGAGACAACAGCUGGGUCUCGAGGAUGAAGAGCAGCAGCAGCAGCAGCAGCAGCAACAGCAACAACAGCAACAGCAGCAGCAACAACAGCAGCAACAACAGAAGCCCCCAGUCCCCACCCGCCGCAGCGCGCGGGCUCCACGCCGCCCAAGGAUGCACGGAGACAUGCUGAUCCCCCUCACGACCCGUCGGUCAGCGAAGGCUGAGGAGGCAGCAGAAGCAGCAGCAGCCGGUAUUCCUGUGUCACCUUCCGGUGAGCAGCAGCAGGACUCUGUGCAGCAAGAGCAGCAGGCGUACAUGCAGCUGCAGGAGCAGCACAUUGUCGACGCAGAGAACGCGAGUGCUGCUACAGAUGCAGCAGUUGCAGCGCAGCCAGCAGCAGGGGGCCCUGACACAGCAGCAGCAGCAGCAGAAGCAGCGGCAGCCGGUGCCGUGUCAACAGGAGAGACACUAGGAGACCCCUUCCAAGGUGCAGGAGGAGCGGAGGAGCUGAGUGAGGACGAAGAGGAGACCCUGAUGCUGCAGGAGCUGCACCCGUUAGAUGGAUCAGCGGGCGCAUCGUUUCUGCUGCAGCAGCAGCAGCAGCUGCUUUUGCCUAAGCAGGAAGUGGAGAGGGGGGAGGAGAAGCCACCGUCACCGGAGAGCGUGCGGGUUAUGACGCUGCUGCAGGAGCUGCAGCGGUGCGACGGCUGCAGCGCCGCCUCGCCUAUUGUAUCGUUACCUAUUGAGCUUGUGGAUGGCCCCUCAUAUACGCGGCUGCGGGCCCUAGUAAGAGACACACAAGACUGGCUGCAGCAGUACAGAUGCAUGCGGCUGCCGGUGGUGAGAGAGGCGCAGCAGCCGCUGCUUGACGAGCUCCGUCUUAUGCAGCGGCCCCCCCAAGAGGAUGCCCUGGCAGCUCAGGCGGUCUGCUGCUUCUGUGACAAACCUGCUGCUUUUGCUGCUGCACUUGAUGAAGUCGAAGAGAAGGAAGAGCAGCAAGCUGAACAGCAACGCAUGCAGCAGCCGCUGCUGCUCUCCGCCUCCUCAGAUAACACCGACAGACCUGCGGUGUGUGGAGACACGUCGAUGCCUAUGGACAGUGCAGAGCCCGCAGCAGCAGCUAAGAGUAAAGAAGGAGCUGCUGCAGCCGAGAAGGACCAGCAGGCAGCAGCAGCUGCUGCUGCUGUGGAGAGGAAGGCGUGGCUCGCAGAGCGCGAAGCUGCACUGCAGCAGAAGCAUCCUCCCUUCGGGCCAUCGUUCAUAUUAAAGUGUGUGUUGCUUGUGCUGCCGCUAAUGACUGAGGAGCUGCAACGGCUGCUGCUGUAUGCCGUCACAAAAGGGCUGAGUCUUGAGACGCUCAUGGGCCUGCAAGUCCACCUGAAGCUGCUGCUUGACGUUGCUGCUGCUGCAGAGGCAGACCGUGCGCAGCAGGAGCAGCAGGAGCAGCAGCAGCAACAGCAGCAACAGCAGCAAAAGUCAUCUGUUGAGGAGGAGUUGCAGCAACAGGAGCCGCAGCAGCAGCAAUGUCUGAGCUCAGCAGAGAAUCAUGUCGCAGAAAAAGAUGGUCCGGCGGCAACAGAAUCAGCUGCUGCAGCUGCUGCAGCAGCUGCUGCAGCAGCAGCACUUGGGGCUGAGGCAGAGUUCCGCCGCGUGUGGCCGAAUGGCGAGCCUCCUGGAUAUGCGUUCCACCUCCUGACGGCCUAUGCUCUGCACUACAAGCAGCUGACGGCCGGCAAGAUCAGUUGGCCUGUCUCUGACGUCCGCUCUCUACAUCCGUCGUUGCUGCGGCUUAUAGAGUCCAAGGCGAAGCGCAGAGGAGACCAUGCGUCUACGCACGGCCUGUGGGUGGCUAAGGGGGCUAACGCUGUCCCUGGAAAGGCCAGGGGGCCGAGCGGCACGAAGAAGCAGCAUGCAGGCGUCGGCGAGGCUCCUGCUGUGCAGCAGCAGUACACCCCUGAGGGCACCGAUGCUGCAGCUGCUGCGCCUCUGCAGCAGCAGCAGCAGCCCCAAAAGCGUGCUGCUGCUCGGCAACAGUCCCCAGGAGUCCCAGCAACUGGUCACGGGAAGAGAGUUAAACUAGCGGAUGCCUCUGCGGAGCUCACCGGCGAGCAGCAACAGCAACAGCAGCAGCAGCAGCAGCUGCAGCCGCAUGUACAGGACGAAGUCUCUGUGGCGGACUGUAGCGUAUCUUCUGCUGCACGGGAUGAGUCGCAGCAUGCAGUGCCUGUGCCCCAGCCGAACGUAGCGACGGCAUCAUCGGCAGCAGGAGGCCCAGCAGCAGCAGCUGCUGCUGCUGCGAUAGGAGGCGCAUUCCCACCCCUUGGCAGGCGUGUGAAGCAGACCCACAACUACCCGUGCCGGAAUACAACUCCAAGGAUAGGAGACGGACGCAGGGUGCGUUGUUUCUCCUCUAAGGAGAUGCUGCGAGCUUCAGGGAUACCGCUGCCUACCUUCAGGGAGGGGCUGCUGCUGCUGCUGCGCAUCUGCUGCUCCGGUGGCUUUCUCACGGGAGAAACAAUCUUGCUGCAGGCUCUGUUGGUGGCUCAGUUGCUGCUGAGCUGGUGGCUGCGUCAGCAGUACCCCUUCUUGCAGCAGGAAGAAGACCUCAUGCGGAGGCAGCGCAUAGCAGCAGAGCAGGAGAAGGCGGCAGCAGCUGCUGCUGCUGCUGCAGGGGAAACCGAAAAGCAGCAACAGCUAUUGCGAUCAGCGCAGCGACAACUCGUGCCAACGGCCCAAGGUUCUCUGGCCCUCCCCUUACGCCGCCGCAUGCAAAUCUGCUGCAGCAGCAAAGCCCCAGCCUACCAGAACCCGUAUCGGUGCAUUGCUGCCACGGGCUUGUGCUCCAGGGAGGGCGUGAUGAAGGUGCUGGAGAAGCAAAAGGAGUUGCAGCAGCAGCAACAGCAGCAGCAAGAGAACCACCGCGACAUGAAGACCCGUCUCCUUGAGUGGCUGCGAGCACCUGCUGAGGAUGGCAGCAACCAGCAAAAAGACCAGCAGCAACAGCAGCAGCAGCAGCAGCAGCCAGGCGCUGCUGUUGGUGCAGAGGGAUUCUUUGAGACUGAAAACGAAGUUGAGGAGACACUGCAGGAGCUGUUCGAUCCCCAGCUCGCCCGGCAGCUGCUGAUACAGCAAGAAGUGCAGCUGAUUGCUUCAGGCGGCCGUCAUGCGGACGAGCAGAAAGCGCAGCUUCAAGACAAGCCGCAGCAGCAGCAAAAAGUAUUCCAGGAGCAGCAGCUGCCGCAGCAGGAGCUGCAGCAGGACCUGCAGCAGCAACGACCACAGCAGCAGGAGCCGGUCACAGAGCUUGUGUCACCUUCAGGCGAUGCAACACCACCAGCCGGAGCGGAAGUAGCAGCAGGCGCUGCUCUGGAGGUGGAGGGCCCGGGCGAAGCUGCUACCGCUCAGCAGCAGCAGCAACACCAACGCAUGCGCAAACCUCCGGUGGGGCUCGCGGGCGCGGAGACAGCCUUCUGGCAAGGAACCCCGUGGGACGUGGGCCUUGAGGACUGGGAAGUCCCAGCAUUUGCCUUUGGUCUUGCAAAAGAGCAGCAGGAGCAGCAGCAGCAGCAGCAGCAGCAGCAGCAGCAGCAACAGAAUGGGUGUAUGUUUGAGGGCAUGGCUGUGGAUGGCUCUGCAAAUGCCCAUGCAGCGUCCGAGGAAGAAGAGGUGCAACGGCUGCUGCAGCUGCUGCAGAAUAUGGCCGGUCCUGUGCUGCGGGAUGACGCAGCUGGGAGCAGCAUGCGGUGCGUGCAGCACAUCUCCCGUAUGUGUUUAGAUAGCAGCAACAGCAGCGAGGCGGGAGGUCCCAGUGUCUCUGCAUCUACAGUGUGGCUGUAUCGGAGGUCUCUCUUGGACUUUGACUUCUACGAAAACGAGGACGUGAUGCAGCAGCAGAGAGAGCAGCAGCAGCAGGAACAGGAGCCGCUGCUGCCCGAGGCACGGAGCCGGAGACUGUCCCCUGACAGGAGACAGUUGCUGGAGGAGGCCCUGCAGGCCCCGUUGCCCCAGGCGUCUCUGUUGUCUCUUCUUCGUCUCCUUGAGGUUCUAGAUGGUCUCCCGUUGCAGCUGCCGUUGAAGGGGCGUGUUGCUGCGCUGUUGCUGCAUGCAGUCGAUUGGGCCGUGCGGGCGAGGGAGGCCAUAUGCUUCCUACCAAGGGUAAGUGCUGCUGAUGUUGUCGCUUCUUUUUUUGCUGCGGCCUCGCUGCAUCGCGGCACCACAAAGCUCGCUCACUGUCGUGCUGCUGCUGUGCUGCUGCUGCUGCUGCUGCUGCUGCUGCUGCAGGAUGGAUAUCACCGUCCGUGGACUCGCCUUGACGCAGCCACAGAUCCGUUUGUUCCGGUGUCUCGACAGCUGCUGCGCGACCACUUGCUGCUCACAGAUGGCUCCACAGACUCUGUUGAGCAGAAACAAGAGCAGCAAGAAGAGCAUUUGCUUCCUGCUGCCGCGCAAGCUGAAGAGGCCAGAAAGCCAGAGACAAGGGUGCCGCUAUCUGGUGACACCGAACAGCAACAGCAACAGCAACAGCAACAGAAAGAGGCUGAGUGCUGUGAUGAAUGGUUUAUUGCGGCGGAGCCGGCCGUGUGCUUGACUCCCAUUCAGCGUGCCUUUGUACAGCUGCAGGAAGCUGCGCUACUGCUGCACGCAGAGCCAGCUGAGGUUUGUCUCCUAUGCAGCAAGCCGCUGCAGCAGCAGGAUUCCCCGCAGCAUCCAUGUUUGGUGUAUAGGCAGCAUUACAACCGGCGACAGCAGCUGCGAGCAGUUUUAGGAUGCAAAGUAGAUGACCCAGCGGCUGUAGCAGACGCAGCAGCAGCAGCAGAAGAUGCUUAUAUGCAGCAGCAGCAGCUAUUGCUACCCCUUGACGAAGAAGGAAUGGGUGGCUGGAUUAGCUGCAGCUACUGCAGCAGGAGAUUCCACCUGAAUUGUGUGUCGCAGCUUGCGAGCAAGCAGCAACAGUCGGAAAAUGAGAAUGCAGCUGCUGCUGUUGCUGCUGUGUCAACUCCAGGUGUUGGCAGCAGCAACGGCAGCGUGCUCUUGCUGCCUCCUCCGCCGGAUUGUGGGGGCCCUUGGGUAUGCGUGGGAUGCACAGCGAGGGGAGCUGGGGCAGCGGCAACUCUCCAGGACUUCGUGAGGCUCAGCGGAACGCGCGUGGCGCAGCUCUUCUCGUUGACAUCUGCCAAGGUGUCUCUGCCUGCAGCAUCCAGGGUGCUGCGACUGCUGCGGGAAGCUGCAACUUUGCCGGUGCAACACGUGCUGCUGCAGGAACGUGAGGCGCUGCAGCAACGCAUAUGUUUGCUGCGCCUGUGGGUUCGAGAUGCUCUGAAGAUGCUGCUUGAAUUGCCCGCUCCGAAUUGCAUUUUCCGGGUAUCGACUGAGACGCUGUCGUGGCUGCUGCUGCAGCAGACGUGCCAGCUGUAG